AUGUCUCAAAUUUCUGCUUAUGCAUUAAUUAGACGGGUAUCGACAUUGAUUCAUGCCGAUACGCAUAUUGUUCAGGAUACCCGCAUCAACACCUCACCUCGUGAGUUUGCCAUCGCAUCUGCCGUCCCUCUGAUUCAUUCUGCAAUCGCCCGUGGUCACAAGAUCGAUGACUGCUUCACCUUGUGGGACGCAUUGCGUAAGAUGCGAGAUAUUCAGCAAGUUGAGCGUGUUGGCGGUUGCGAAUUGACUGGAGACCAGAGUCGAGACGGCUUUACGCAUUAA